AUGCCGGACGAAAAAAUUGAACAACGUAUUAAUUUAAAAUUUUUAGUGAAACUUGGAAAAUCUGCCACCGAAAGUUUUAAUUUAUUAACUGAAGUAUAUGGAGAUAGUGUCCUAUCACGACCACGUGUUUUUGAGUGGCACAAACGAUUUCGUGAGGGCCGUGAAGAAGUUGAAGACAAUCAACGGGUGGGUCGUCCAUGCUCCUCAAAAACUAACGACAACAUUUCAAAAAUCAAUGAAAUUGUGCGAAAAGAUCGAUGUCUGAGUAUUCGAAUGAUAGCUGAGAUGGUUAAUAUCGACAAGGAGACCGUUAGACAAAUUUUGCACGAUGAAUUAAACAUGACAAAAGUCUGCGCCAAAAUAGUGCCUAAAAAUCUCACUCCGGAACAGUUUUUUCUAACAAAGUUGCGGGACCGAAUAGCCCUAGCGGAUCGAAAAUCCGGGCUACCAAAGAUAGUAUACCCCGUUUAG